GUAUACCACUUCUAUUCUUAACAUGGCAGUAUUAUUCCCAUUAAUUCUAAAAAUUAAUAAAUUAAUUACCUACCUAUGUCUUAACCCACGUAAUACUAACAAAAAACGUUGACUGAUCUAUUAGAUAAAACAAUACAAAUAAAAUACUUUUAGGAACAAUAGCCUUAGUCCAAUGAACCAGUUGCUAACUUGCCUGAGAUAUUUUGCUAGCUCAGGUUUUCUGAUAACUGUUGUACAAUUUAUGCACAUUGAUGUAGCUACAGCCAGCAGAACGAUAGCAAGAGUAUCCAGGGAGUUAGCAACAUUGUAUCCAAGAUUUAUUAAAAUGCCUACAACUCAAAGAGAGAUCCUGACACACCAAGAAAAAUUUUAUUCGAUGUUUAGAUUUCCACGAAUUAUAGGGGCAGUUGAUGGAACGCAUAUAAGGAUACAAUCACCUGGUGGAAAUGAUGCUGAAGUGUUUAGAAACAGAAAAUCAUUUUUUUCUCUGAAUGUUCAAGUGGUCUGUGAUGCAGAUAUGAAAUUUGAAAAUGUUGUAGCAAGGUGGCCAGGAUCCACCCAUGAUGCUACUAUCUUUAACAACUCACGACUCAAAGCCAGCUUCAUUGCCAAUGAAUUUAGAAACUGCAUACUAAUUGGAGACAGUGGAUAUCCACUUCAAGAGUACUUUAUGACUCCAUUAAAUCAGCCAAAUACUAGAGCAGAAUCACUAUAUAAUGAAUCCUUAAUAAGAACAAGGAAUAUAAUAGAAAGGACUAUUGGUAUUUGGAAAAGAAGAUUCCCAAUAUUAGCUUAUGGCAUGAGAUUAAAAUUAGAAACAGAUGUGGCUAUUAUUAUUGCAACAGCUGUAUUGCAUAAUAUAGCCCGUUCAAUGAAUGAACCUGAACCAGCAGUUCCUGCCGAUUUAAACCUCCAGGAAAUAAAUUAUUUAAUACAAACACAGAGCAUAAAUAUGCCUCUAAACAAUGACCACAGACAUAAUAAUCGAAUUAAUAUUACCCAAAGAGAAAUUUUGCAUUAUUUCAGGAACCUACAAUAGAUUUAUUACCUAAAAUAGUUAUUUUUCAUGUAUUUUAUUUUUAAAAUAAAACUAUAUAUUUA